AUGAGGAACUCAUUAAGAAGCCAUGGCGGUUUGGUCAGCCACCUGAGCAUCCUUAUUAUUGCAACCUUUUCAACUCAUUUGCUCCGCCAAGUUUUCGCGAUCCCCAGAACCUGCAAUCUGUUCCAAGGAAGUUGGGUGUCGGAUAACAGCAGCAAAUCCAAUAAUAUUCCGCUGGUCUAUGAUUCCUCCCAAUGUCCAUUCAUCAACCCAUUAUUCGACUGCGCCAAGCAUGGUCGCCCUGAUCGCGGUUACCUUCGUUAUAGAUGGCAACCUAGUGCAUGUAACUUGCCCAAAUUUGAUGGGAAGGUUUUCUUGGAGAAACUGAGAGGGAAAACCAUAGUGAUUGUUGGAGACUCGAUUUCUUUCAACCAACAAGAGUCAUUGACUUGCUUGCUUCAUGCUGCCGUUGGGCCAAACUCGAAAAUUACCACAGGCACCAUGGGUCCAUACAACUCUAAUUACGUGACUUUCCAGGAAUACGGGGUGACGAUAGCUGAAUUCUAUACCCGAUUCCUGGCGCAAAUCACUACGGAAAAGAUCGGCCGGGUACUGAAACUUCAUCUGAUAAACGACUACGGCAACGUGUGGAAAGACGCUGACGUCCUUAUCUUCAACACCGGGUUCUGGUGGGAUGUCAAUGGGAAUCAAAAAGGAUGGGAUUUCAUUCAAGACGGGGAAAAUAACCCGAUCGUCCGAGAUAUGGACCGAACCCUAGCCUUUCGAAAAGCCCUAACGACAUGGGCGAAAUGGGUCGAUUCAGGAGUGCUGAAUUUCGCCAAAACCAAAGUAUUCUACCAAGGAUUCUACCCUGACCACUACCGCCCUUCUGAAUGGGGACGUCCGGAGUUGAAAGAUUGUGCAAAGGAGACUGAGCCAAUGUCAGGAUCGACGUAUCCUGCCGGUCCGCCGCCGAGGCUGAGCAUAGUAGAGCAAGUGCUGAGCAGCAUAAAAAGCCCAGUUCAGUUUCUGAACGUAACAACGUUGUCACAGCUGAGAAAAGAUGGGCAUCCUGGUCGUUACAGUGAUGCCGGGAAUGGGUUCGUAGAUUGUACACAUUGGUGUCUUGCUGGGAUCCCAGAUACUUGGAGCAGCAUCAUAUUUGCAUAUCUUACUUUAGAUGAGAAUAUGGCCUAG